UUGGGCAAACACGGAACAUUUACUGUGUGACACAGUGAGAGCGAACCAUGUGGAUGAGGAGGUCUUUGCAUCUGUGGCGAAGUUGAUUUUCCUCUUUAGUGGUCCUGAAACGAGGAAAACUAAUCAAAUGGGUUACAUAUAUAUAAUUUAUUGUUAUUUCUUUUGAAUUAAAACCGUCAGCGGCGAGUUGAAUCAUGGGAAAAUCAAAGACUAAGAACCAGAAGAAGGCCCGAGUGGAGGCCGACCAUGUGGCCGAGGAAGCCUACACGACUGUGCCCCACUCGUUCGUCUUCAACCGGGGUCAGGUGGGGAAAAACGUGGGUCAGCUCAUCCAGGACAUGCGCACUGUGAUGCAGCCGUACACCGCAGAGUCUCUGAAGGUUCGCAAGAAGAAUGUCCUGAAGGACUUUGUGGCGAUGGCGGGCCCUCUGGGAGUAACUCACUUUAUGAUCUUCAGUAAGAGUGAAACCAGUGUUAAUAUGCGACUCGCUCGACUUCCCAAAGGUCCCACGCUCAGCUUUAGAGUCCUAAAAUAUUCUCUGAUCAAAGAUGUAGUUUCAUCUCAGAAGAAGCAUCGGAUGCACGAGCAGCAGUUCACGCAUCAUCCACUCAUCAUCCUCAGCAACUUUGGAGUGGACGGCAUGCACAUCAAGCUCAUGUCCACCAUGUUUCAAAACAUGUUUCCCUCCAUAAAUGUUCAAAAGGUAAAUCUCAACAACAUCAAGCGGUGUGUGCUUUUCACCUACGACUCAACAUCCCAGGAAAUCCAGUUUCGACAUUACAGCCUGAAAGUGGUUCCUGUGGGAAUGAGCCGCGGGGUGAAGAAGCUGAUGCAGGAGAAGUUCCCCAAUAUGAACAAGUUUGAGGACAUCAGUGAGCUGCUAAUCAAAGGAGCCAACCUCUCAGAAAGUGAAGCGGAACCAGACGGGGAGGACAACAUAACGGAGCUGCCUCAGGUCUACUCUGGAAGAGGCAACAUCGCGUCCCAAAAGAGCGCCGUCCGCUUGACCGAGAUCGGCCCCCGCAUGACCCUUCAGCUCAUAAAGAUUCAGGAGGGGAUGAGCGACGGGAACGUCCUUUACCAUUCCUCCAUCUCCAAAACCGAAGAAGAAAUUCAGGAGAUCCUGAGGAGGAAGGAGAAGCAGCUGAAAGAGAAAGAGGAGCGGCGGAAACAGCAGGAGCAGAAUGUUGCUACCAAGAAAGAACAACGAGAAGAGCACAAAAAAAAGAGCUUGGAAGGUAUAAAGAGGAAACGAUCGGAAGCGGAGGAGGACAGCGAAGUGGAGGAUCCAGGAAUGGAGGAGGGUCAGGCGGCUGAUGCUGAAUCUGAUGAUGAUAAGGAGUACUACAGACAGGCUGUGGGGGAGGAACCCGACGAAGAUAUGUUCCCACGGACCAAAAAAAGGAAGCUGCAUCCUGGUACGUCCUCUAAAGAGUUCAAAUCCCCUAAAAAGAAAAGACCCCCAGGACAGCACGGAGACAAACCCGGAAAAGAUCCAAAAGGAAAAAGAUGGAAGAAGUCCAGAGAGGGGGAAAAGGCGUUUGGACAGAAAAAGAAGCCUACAGGAAAAGCCUUUGGCUUCAAGAAACACGCAGACAGGGACAAUAAAUUUGGUGGAAAAAAGAAGUUUGAUGGCAACAAAAAUAAGGACAAAUCAUUCAAAUUCAAACAUUCAAAAGGCACGCCGGGCUUUAAGAAGAAGGGUGGAGAGAGGAAGCAAGGGUUCAAACAGAGGAAGGGAAAGGGUUGCAAGAUGGUAAACUUCUCUGAUUGUGAGAAGUUCCAGAUUGGCGUUCUUCCUGCCAUGUAUGGAGUGGAGUUUAUCGUAGCUCUGGUUGGAAAUUUGUUGGCCCUGUGGCUGCUGCUCACCAGAGAAAGAAGGAACUGGCACCCAGGUGUGGUCCUGUCCUGCAACCUGGCCAUCAGUGACCUGCUGUACGUCCUAACGCUGCCUCUCCUGAUUGUUUACUAUUCCCUGGAGAAACGCUGGAUGUUUGGGAAUGCCGCAUGUAAGAUCGAGAGGUUUCUCUUUACCCUCAACCUUUACGUGAGCGUCUUCUUCAUCAUGGCCAUCAGUGUGAACCGAUGCGUGGCCCUCGUUUGGCCUUUCUUCACCCGUUCCUACGUGGAGCCUUUCCACGCCAAGCUGGUCAGCGUCAUCAUAUGGGUUAUCAUCACUGUCGUCUCCAGUCCUGUGCUGAAAUUUGCAUCUGUCUGCCAACAUGAAGACAACAACAAAACUCUGUGUGUGUCCUUCUGUGACCAUGUUUCAAACAACGCGAGGUCUCACUUCAUUUACAAGCUAUUCCUGGCUGUGUUUGGCUGCCUUGUGCCCUUCCUGGUGACUUUCACUUCUUACUUUCUGGUGAUUCGUGUCGUGUGGAAAAAUGUCAACAUAACAAAGCAAGAAAAGUACAAGGUGGCCCUGUUAGUGUCGUCGGUGGUCGUUCUUUAUGCUAUCUCCUUUGUCCCUUACCACUUUGCUCAAGUCUAUCAUUUGUAUCUAAGGUCACGCUUUCCUCGCCAGUCUGUUUGUUGGGUCUACAACAUGUACCAGGUGUCUAAAGGACUGGCAACGCUGAACAUGUGCAUCCAUCCCAUCCUCUACAUGGCCGUGUUCGACAGUAUAAGAGUGUUGUGCUGUGGAAAGAGUUCAGAGGACAGAAUGCAGGAAUAAGAAACAAUUUACAUCUUUUAAUUCCUAACACUUUAUUCUCUCCGGCUUUUAGU